ACUUUGCCCACCGCGGGCUCUUUGUCUGCAGCACCAUGGACAGCAGCCCACUGGCUCACCUCGACGCUGCUGAUUUCUUGCACAUCUGGCAGCACUUCGAUGCGGACGGCAACGGUUACAUAGAGGGGAAGGAGCUUGAUAACUUUUUCCAUCAUCUGCUGAAGGCACUGGACCGUGGAAGCGUUAUAACAGAAGAAAAAGUUCGGAAGGUGAAAGAACAAUAUAUGUCAGCUUAUGAUGUGAGUGCAGAUGGACGCUUACAGAUACAAGAGCUUGCCAAUAUGAUCUUACCAGAGGACGAGAACUUUCUGCUGCUUUUCCGACGAGAAACACCCUUGGACAAUAGUGUGGAGUUCAUGCGGAUCUGGCAUCAAUAUGAUGCUGAUAGAAGUGGCUUUAUUUCCUCCGGUGAGCUCAGAAACUUUCUGCAAGAUCUUUUUCAGCAACAUGGAAAAACCAUUUCUAAGGCAAAAUUGCAGGAAUAUACUGAUACCAUGAUGAAGAUCUUUGACAAAAAUAAAGAUGGACAACUGGACCUGAAUGAUCUAGCAAGGAUCCUGGCUCUUCAAGAGAAUUUUCUGUUGCAAUUUAAAAUGGAUGCUUGUAGUACAGAAGAAAGGAAAAGAGAUUUUGAGAAGAUCUUUGCUCAUUAUGAUGUUAGUAAGACAGGAGCACUUGAAGGCCCAGAAGUGGACGGAUUUGUUAAAGAUAUGAUGGAACUUGUCAAGCCUAGCAUUAGUGGCACGGAGCUGGACAAACUGCGCCAGAUACUGCUUCGCCACUGCGAUGCCAACAAGGAUGGGAAGAUUCAAAAAUCUGAACUCGCUUUGUGUCUGGGAAUUAAAAUGACCCCAUAG